AUGGCAAAAAAAUCAAAAAAGAGUGCGGGUGAUAAUAUCAACGCAAAAUUGCAACUUGUUAUGAAAUCAGGGAAAUAUCAAUUUGGAAGAAAAUCAUGUUUAAAAGCUUUAAGAACAGGAAAAGGAAAAUUAGUAAUUGUUAGUAGUAAUUGCCCACCUAUUCAGAGAAGUGUAAUUGAAUAUUAUGCUAUGCUUUCAAAAUGUGGUGUUCAUGAUUAUCAUGGAGACAAUAAUGAUUUAGGAACUGCUUGUGGUAAAUUAUUUAGAAUUAGUUGUUUAGUUAUAACAGAUGUAGGUGAUUCAGAUAUAAUUAAAACAAAUGAAUAA